CCUUACCCUCUGCCCCCUGCAGUGUUGUGUUUUCUGGGAAUCAGCAAGAAAGAUCACAAGUGGUCUUUUCUUUUUUCACUCUCUCCCAUAAAGAAAGCUUUAUCACGUGUGGCCUUAAACUUGCAGCAAAUUGCAAAGAAAUGGCUCAAAGGCUUCAGCUCUUUCUGUGCCCCAGGAGCUGAGAUGCACGUCAGUGGCCUUGCCAGCGUGGCCAAUUCUCUGCAGACUGCCAGAAAAAAAGAGGCCAGUUGGAAAGACGAAAGAGAAGAGAUUGCUCAGGGGUGAGACCAGAUCCUUCAUCCUUUAUUUCCCUUAAUCUGCUCUGUCUGUGUCCACCCAGGCUCUCCUGACCUGGCAGCACUGCUCACACGGUUGCUGUGGAAUUCACCUGGGUUUCCUCUUUCAGCCUGUGGCGUGUGGUCUAGCCGCACACGUGAGAGGAACUGGCUGUCUUGCUUCUCCACCUCCAGGUUAGAGUCCAGAAGCAAUUUCAUAAUGGACACUUCAUCCAAAGAAAAUAUCCAGUUGUUCUGCAAAAAUUCAGUGCAACCUGUUGGAAGGCCUUCCUUUAAAAUGGAAUAUCCCUCCUCAAAGGGAAAACAGCCCUGCUGUGGUGAACUAAAGGUGUUCUUGGGUGCCUUGUCUUUUGUUUACUUUGCCAAAGCAUUGGCAGAAGGCUAUCUGAAGAGCACCAUCACUCAGAUAGAGAGGAGGUUUGAUAUCCCUUCCUCACUAGUUGGAGUAAUUGAUGGUAGCUUUGAAAUUGGGAAUCUCUUGGUUAUAACCUUUGUUAGCUACUUUGGAGCCAAACUUCACAGGCCAAAAGUAAUCGGAGCAGGGUGCCUGAUCAUGGGAGUGGGAACAUUGCUCAUCGCAGUGCCUCAAUUCUUCAUGGAGCAGUACCGAUAUGAGAAGUCUUCUUCUUUUUCCAAUGCAACUCUGAGCAUCUCUCCAUGUCUCCUAGAGUCAAGCAGUCAAUUACCAAUCUCAGUUAUGGAAAAAUCCAAAAUAAGUAAUGAAUGUGAAGGGGAUGCCAGCUCAUCCAUGUGGGUGUAUGUGUUCCUGGGAAAUCUUCUCCGAGGAUUAGGAGAAACUCCCAUCCAGCCUCUGGGUAUUGCCUAUUUGGAUGACUUCGCAACUGAAGACAAUGCUGCUUUCUAUAUUGGGUGUGUGCAGACGGUUGCAAUUAUAGGACCAAUCUUUGGCUUCCUGUUAGGCUCAUUAUGCGCCAAACUAUAUGUUGACAUUGGCUUUGUAAAUCUAGACCAUGUAACCAUCACCCCGAAGGAUCCCCAGUGGGUUGGUGCCUGGUGGCUUGGUUAUCUCAUAGCAGGAACCCUCAGUCUUCUUGCAGCUGCUCCUUUCUGGUGUUUACCCAAGAGUCUGCCAAGACCCCAAAGUGCAGAGGACUCCAAUUCCUCCUCUGAGAAAUCCAAAUUUAUUAUUGAUGACCACAUAAACUAUCAAACACCUCAUGGAGAAAAAGUAAAAGUAAUGGAGAUGGCAAGAGAUUUCCUUCCAUCGCUGAAGACUCUUUUUGGAAACCCAGUGUACUUCUUAUAUUUGUGUGCAAGCACCAUUCAGUUCAAUUCUCUCUUUGGCAUGGUAACAUAUAAACCAAAGUACAUCGAGCAGCAGUAUGGACAGUCUUCCUCCAAAGCCAACUUUGUUAUUGGGCUCAUCAACAUACCUGCAGUGGCCCUUGGAAUAUUCUCUGGGGGAAUAGUCAUGAAAAAGUUCAGAAUCAGUGUAUGUGGAGCUGCAAAACUCUACUUGGGAUCAUCUGUCUUUGGUUACCUUUUCUUCCUUUCCCUCUUUGCUCUGGGCUGUGAAAAUUCUGAUGUGGCUGGACUGACCAUCUCCUACCAAGGAACCAAACCUGUCUCUUAUCAUGAACGAGCUCUCUUUUCAGAUUGCAACUCAAGAUGCAAAUGUUCAGAGACAAAAUGGGAACCUAUGUGUGGUGAAAAUGGAAUCACAUAUGCAUCAGCUUGUCUUGCUGGUUGUCAAGCCUCCAAUAGGACUGGAAAGAGUGUUAUAUUUUAUAACUGUACUUGUGUGGGAAUGGCAACCUUUAAAUCAGGAAAUUCUUCAGGCGUGGUGGGCAGAUGUCAAAAAGAUAAUGGAUGUCCCAGAAUGUUUCUGUAUUUCCUUGUAAUUUCUGUCAUCACCUCCUAUACUUUAUCCCUAGGUGGCAUACCUGGAUAUAUAUUACUUCUGAGGUGCAUCAAGCCACAACUUAAGUCUUUUGCCCUGGGUAUUUACACCUUAGCAAUAAGAGUUCUUGCAGGAAUCCCAGCUCCAGUAUAUUUUGGAGUUUUGAUGGACACUUCAUGCCUUAAGUGGGGAUUUAAAAGAUGUGGAAGCAGAGGAUCCUGCAGAUUAUAUGAUUCAAAUGCUUUCAGACACAUAUAUCUGGGACUAACUAUGAUACUGGGCAUAGUAUCCAUUUUCCUAAGUAUUGCAGUACUGUUUGUUUUAAAGAAAAAUUAUGUUUCAAAACAUAGAAGCUUCAUAACCAAGAGAGAAAAAACAAUGGUGUCUCCAAGAUUUAGGAAGGAAAAUUGUUCUCCAAGUGAUCAUUUGCUACAGCCCAACUACUGGCCCGGCAAGGAAACACGACUCUAGAAAAGUGACAACUCAAAGGUGUGUUCUCUAAUGUGUGGAAAUUCAGCAAACAAAUAAAAGUUUAAUCAAAAGGGGUUUAAAUGUGUAAUUUCUUUCUUCAUGCAAAAAGAAAAAAAAUUCUACUUUGCUUUUGACCCUAGGCACUAGAUAAUAUUCCCAUAAUCAAUAUCAUUAAGCAGAACAAAAGAUGCAGAUGACAAAACUAGCUUUCUAUCUUUUAAUUUGUAUACAGACUCCUUGCAUUAUUUACAGAUUCUGCUUUAUCUUGCCUAAUGCCCAUUGAUAUGUUAGCUAUAUUCCUAAAGAACUAUUGUCUCUACUGUAUGAUUGUUAUCUGUAAAAUAAUUUCUAAACUUACUUACUUUUCAAAAGCCAGGUAAUACUGUUAGAAAGUUAAGUCAUAACUUAGGCUCCUUCAAGUGUU